AGGGGCGGGACCGGGGUGAAGUGACGUCGUCCUCCGUUCCGUCUCUUCCGGGGGCGGUGGGUGAUUCGGCCGGCGUCCCGUGUUCUCAGUCUCCCCGCCUGCAGCAGUGGCCGGAGCGGGAGGUGCAGGCACCGCAGCGGCUCAGUCCAGGAGGACGUUUGAUAAACAUAGAAGCUCUUAAAUAAGAUCCAGUCAACAUGGCGAGCAUCCUGAGGACACUAGCUACCGGCUGCACAAGUCCCCUGUUUAACGGCGUAAUAUCUCUGAAGGUGCAGACUGUGAAGACGCCAUGUCUGCGGAUGUUUCGCACCCACCAGGUUCUCUGGUGCCAGCAGCCUGUCAAACCAGGUAUCCCGUACAAGCAGCUGACUGUAGGAGUCCCGAAGGAGAUCUUCCAGAAUGAGAAGAGGGUGGCACUGUCCCCUGCCGGGGUGCAAGCUCUGGUUAAACAAGGCUUCAAUGUUGUAGUGGAAUCUGGAGCUGGCGACGCUUCCAAGUUCUCUGAUGACCAGUACAAGGAGGUCGGGGCCAAAAUCCAAGGGAUCAAGGAAGUUUUGGCUUCAGACCUGGUUGUCAAAGUGCGAGCACCGAUGCUGAAUCCAGCUCUGGGAGUCCAUGAAGUCGACCUCCUAAAACCGUCCUCCACCCUCAUCAGCUUUGUUUACCCUGCACAAAACUCUGAUCUGUUGAACAAACUUUCAGAGAAGAAGACGACGGUUCUGGCCAUGGACCAGGUGCCACGUGUCACCAUUGCACAGGGAUAUGAUGCUCUGAGCUCCAUGGCAAACAUUGCUGGGUAUAAAGCUGUUGUCUUGGCUGCUAACAACUUCGGGCGCUUCUUUACCGGUCAAAUCACUGCGGCAGGAAAGGUCCCACCUGCCAAGGUUCUUAUUAUCGGCGGGGGUGUAGCUGGUCUGGCUGCUGCGGGAGCUGCUAAAUCUAUGGGUGCCAUCGUUCGUGGAUUUGAUACCAGGGCUGCGGCUUUGGAGCAGUUUAAGUCUCUUGGGGCUGAACCUCUGGAGGUGGACUUAAAGGAGUCUGGAGAGGGACAGGGCGGAUAUGCUAAAGAAAUGUCCAAGGAGUUUAUAGAAGCGGAAAUGAAGCUCUUUGCCAAGCAGUGUCAAGACGUGGAUAUUAUCAUCACGACGGCCCUCAUUCCAGGUAAGAGAGCACCCAUCCUGUUUCGAACAGACAUGAUUGAAUUAAUGAAAGAAGGUUCAGUUGUGGUGGAUCUUGCCUCAGAAGCUGGGGGAAACAUUGAGACUACCAAACCCGGGGAACUGUAUGUUUAUAAGGGAAUCACACACGUCGGCUACACUGAUUUGCCAAGCCAAUUGGCCACCCAAGCUAGCACUCUGUACUCCAAUAACAUCAUAAAGCUGUUGAAGGCCAUCAGUCCAGACAAGGAGAACUUCCACUAUGAGAUCAAGGACCAGUUUGAUUAUGGAACAAUGGAUCACGUCAUCAGAGGCACAGUGGUUAUGAAGGACGGGAAAACCAUCUUCCCAGCACCACAGCCCAAUAACAUCCCAGUUGCAGCGCCUGUAAAACAGAAGUCUGUGGCUGAGCUGGAAGCUGAAAGGGCGGCUGCUGUUUCCCCUUUUAGGAAGACCAUGACCAAUGCCACGGCGUACACUGCUGGCCUUGGCACCCUGUUGAGUCUUGGCAUUGCCUCUCCUCAUUCUGCCUUUACCCAGAUGGUGACAACAUUUGGUCUGGCUGGUAUUGUGGGUUACCACACUGUGUGGGGCGUCACCCCUGCCCUUCACUCCCCACUCAUGUCCGUAACUAAUGCUAUCUCAGGUCUGACUGCGGUCGGUGGGCUUGCACUGAUGGGUGGUACUUAUGUCCCCUCCAGCUCUGCUGAACUCCUGGCUGUGCUCGCAGCAUUCGUGUCUUCCAUCAACAUUGCAGGUGGAUUCCUGGUGACGCAGAGAAUGCUGGACAUGUUCAAGCGUCCUACUGAUCCUCCAGAGUACAACUACCUGUACCUGCUCCCCGGUGGGGUGUUUGUUGGGGGCUACGCUGCUGCACUUAACAGUGGAUACAACAUUGAGCAGAUGAUGUACCUGGGUUCUGGUUUGUGCUGUGUCGGUGCCCUGGCCGGCCUCUCCACUCAAGGCACUGCCCGUCUCGGUAACACACUGGGGAUGAUAGGAGUUGCUGGAGGAAUUGCAGCCACUUUUGGAGCUCUGAAGCCAAACCCUGAAUUGUUAGCGCAGAUGUCAGGAGCUUUGGCACUUGGUGGCACUAUUGGUUUGACCAUCGCCAAACGUAUCCAGAUCUCUGACCUCCCCCAGCUGGUGGCGGCCUUCCACAGUUUGGUAGGUCUGGCUGCUGUCCUCACCUGUGUAGCAGAGUACAUGAUUGAAUACCCACACUUUGCAACAGAUCCAGCUGCCAACCUCACAAAGAUCGUGGCAUACCUGGGCACAUACAUCGGUGGUGUCACUUUCAGUGGUUCCCUCAUCGCCUAUGGAAAACUUCAAGGUGUCCUCAACUCUGCUCCCCUGCUGCUGCCAGGGCGGCACGCGUUGAAUGCUGGAUUACUGGCAGCCAGUGCUGGUGGUAUGAUCCCGUACAUGAUUGACCCAAGCUACACAACUGGCAUGACAUGCCUCGGCUCUGUGUCUGCCCUCUCUGCUGUUAUGGGAGUCACCCUGACAGCCGCCAUUGGAGGUGCUGACAUGCCGGUAGUCAUUACAGUCCUGAACAGCUAUUCUGGGUGGGCUCUGUGUGCUGAAGGAUUCCUCCUGAACAACAACCUGUUGACUAUUGUAGGGGCCCUCAUUGGUUCCUCUGGAGCAAUCCUGUCUUACAUCAUGUGUGUGGCCAUGAACAGAUCCCUUGCUAAUGUGAUCCUCGGAGGCUUUGGAACCUCAUCUACAGCAGGGGGAAAGCCAAUGGAGAUCACCGGUACCCACACAGAAAUCAAUCUGGACAAUGCAGUUGAAUUGAUCAGAGAAGCGAAUAACAUCAUCAUUACACCAGGUUACGGUCUGUGCGCUGCUAAAGCUCAAUAUCCCAUUGCAGACUUGGUGAAGAUGCUGAAAGAACAGGGUAAACAUGUCAGGUUCGGUAUCCACCCAGUGGCAGGACGUAUGCCUGGUCAGCUGAAUGUACUGCUGGCUGAGGCUGGUGUGCCCUAUGAUAUUGUACUGGAGAUGGAUGAGAUCAAUGAAGACUUCCCUGAAACCGAUCUGGUCCUUGUGAUCGGCGCCAAUGACACAGUUAACUCUGCAGCUCAAGAAGACCCAAACUCUAUCAUUGCUGGCAUGCCUGUCCUGGAAGUGUGGAAGUCUAAGCAGGUCAUUGUAAUGAAGAGGUCUCUGGGAGUUGGUUAUGCUGCUGUUGACAAUCCCAUCUUUUACAAGCCCAAUACCUCCAUGUUGUUGGGUGAUGCCAAGAAGACCUGUGACGCUCUGCAGUCUAAAGUGCGGGAGUCCUACCAGUAGUAGUUGCUCCUCGGGGGCUUACGUCUGUUUUAACAGAACCUCUACCGGCCAGUGUUAACCGUUUGGAAAACCACCUGUCUUUUUAUUUUUAAAACUAGAACUUGGUAGCUUUACACUCUGGCCGGUCAUAUAUGGCUGAAAGAAACGGAAAUUGGAUUGGGUAUUUUUUAGUCCUGCAUACCAGUUUUUGCAUGAGCCAAGAAAGAGAAACCUUCACUUCUGUACAUUAGAGCGAUCAAUGUUUUAUAUAUUUCUAAUUGUAGCAUACGACCUUUCUUAACAACAAUAAUAUGCUGUACUUUGAUAAUGUGAAGAUCAGAGCCCUAUUAUGCUCUCUAAAAAUGCAACAAUUUCUCAGUUUUUUUUUGUGAAAAUGCAAUGGUCCCUUUUAAUAAAAUUUAAAGUGGCACAAGA